AUCCUCAGUCGUGCAGUACAUUCAAGAAGUAGGCAGACAUGAAGGCGUUCGUUGUUUUCACCAUGGCCCUGGCUAUUGCCAGCGCGGCGGCAGUCGACGAGUCUAAGAAGGACAAGCGCGGUUUGUGGGAACUGGCAUCCACGCAGGAGGAGUCCUACGAGACGUAUGGAUAUGAUCAUCAUCAAUCUCACGGAUACUACGGCAAUGACCACGUUGAGAAGGAGGUUAAGCAGGUGAUCACCAAGAAGGUACCAGUACCGUACCCAGUGGAGGUCGAAAAGCAUGUUCCAUACGAGGUGAAGGUGCCCUAUCCAGUUGAAGUUGAGAAGAACGUCCCGGUCGUCGUCGAGAAGAAGGUCCCAGUGUACGUCGAGAAGAAGGUCCCAGUCCACGUUGACCGUCCUUACCCCGUGGAAGUGAAGGUCCCAGUGCAUGUUCCAGUCUACCAGAAGGAGUACGUCGAGGUCCCGAAGCCAUACGCAGUUCAUGUUAAGAAGCCCUACACGGUGUACGUGAAGGAACCUGUCUAUGUUGAGAAGCCAGUACCGUACUCUGUUCUCAUCAAGAAGGAGCACAAGAAGCCUUUAUGGGGCAACAAGCGUAAGUCAAAUAAUCGGAAGAAUAAGAUGGAUGGAAGUUCACAGAGUUGCACGACCCGCAACGGUACAGUGUUCGUUGUGUUUUCUAUGGCCCUGGCUCUUGCCAGUGCGGCGGCAGUCGACAAUUCCAAGAAGGAUAAGCGUGGUCUGUGGGAGCUGGGAUCUGCACAGGAGGAGUCCUACGAGACGUACGGCUAUGAUCAUCAUCAAUCGCAAGGAUACUACGGCAACGAUCACGUAGAGAAGGAGCAUCAUCAAUCGCACGGAUACUACGGCAAUGAUCAUGUUGAGAAGGAAAAUCAUCAAUCUCACGGAUACUACGGUAACGACCACGUUGAGAAAGAGGUUAAGCAGGUGAUCACUAAGAAGGUCCCUGUGCCGUACCCAGUGGAGGUCGAGAAGCGUGUCCCGUAUGAAGUGAAGGUGCCCUACCCAGUCGAGGUUGAGAAGAAGGUCCCGGUCGUCGUCGAGAAAAAGGUCCCAGUGUACGUCGAGAAGAAGGUCCCAGUCCACGUUGACCGUCCGUACCCGGUGGAAGUGAAGGUCCCGGUGCAUGUUCCAGUCUACCAGAAGGAAUACGUCGAGGUCCCGAAGCCAUACACAGUUCAUGUUGAUAAGCCCUACACGGUGUACGUGAAGGAGCCCGUCUACGUCGAGAAGCCCGUGCCGUUCACUGUUCUCAUCAAGAAGGAGCACAAGAAGCCUUUCUGGGGCUAA